AUGGGUCAAGAGUCUGAGAAAGAUAAUAUUUCGCUAAAAGAAGAGCUUAAAUGGGAGGCAGAAGCAGAAGGAGCCUUCAGUGGUUAUGUGAGAAUCUUUCGUUAUGGCUCCUCUACAGAGUAUACCAUGCAGGUAUGCGCCACAGCCUGCGCACUUGGAUCUGGCGUUGGAAUGGCUCUGGUCAACUUGGUAUUUGGACAGUUUAUCACACUCAUUCUCAACUAUAGCAACGGCCACACUGAUGCUGCUACCUUUCGAAGCAGCGCUGCAUCGCUGAGCCUGUAUUUCUUUAUUAUUGGGCUCGCUCGCUUUUUUCUCACAUACGGAUACAGCACGCUAUUCACACUUGCUGCAUACCGUAUCACACGAAACAUCCGCCGGCUGUACUUGAAAGCAGGACUCAGCCAGGAUAUAUCAUUCUUUGAUAAAGGCAGCAGUGGAUCUAUUGCUAUGCAAGCGGCCUCAAAUGGGAAACGAAUUCAGGCUGGAAUUUCCGAGAAACUGGGCCUUGUCAUCCAGGGGUUCUCGUGUUUCAUCUCUGCUUUUGUAUUGGCAUUUGUCACUUACUGGAAGUUGACACUCAUUUGCUGCUGCAUUGCCCCAGCUAUCGUUCUUGUGAUGGGUAUCACGGCAACCAUUGAUGCUUCACUGGAGACGAAAAUUCUUAGGAUUCAGGCUCAGGCUGGAGCUUUUGCGGAGAGCCUCUUGUCGAGUUCGCGAACUGUUCAUGCCUUUGGGCUUCGAUCUCGUCUAGUGAAUGAAUACGGGAAGUAUCUAAACGCGGCGAGAGCAUUCGGAAACAAGAAGAGUGCCCUCCUUGGCUUCUUGUUUUCCGCAGAAUACUCAGUCAUCUUUGCCGGGUACGGUCUCUGCUUCUGGCAGGGUGUUGGGAUGGUAGCCAGUGGGGAGGUGAAAGACGAAGGUGACAUUUUCAUUGUUCUUAUGUCUGUCAUCGUAGCAGCUACCAGCGUGACUUCCGUUGCACCAUAUUUCAUGGAAUUUACGCGUGCUGCAUCCGCAGCAUCAGAGCUAUUUCAAAUCAUGGACCGUCCCUCGGCCAUAGAUCCAUUCGACGAGUCGGGAGAAAAGCCAACAACGACCACCGGGUCUCUUGACUUUGAAGAGGUUUCCUUUGCGUAUCCGACCCGUCCUGACGCUCAAGUUUUGAAGGAAUUCUCGCUUCAUAUCCCCGCUGGUAAAACAACAGCACUGGUAGGGGCAAGCGGUUCUGGAAAAAGCACAAUUAUUGGACUUCUCGAAAGAUGGUACAACCCUUCAGUAGGAAAGGUGAAGCUUGAUGGCCGGCCAAUCGAGUUGUUGAAUCUCAAAUGGCUUCGACAAAAUGUCAGACUUGUCCAGCAAGAGCCGAUCCUAUUUGCUGGCACCGUUGCUGAUAACAUCGCAAACGGUCUUGUCGAUACCCCGUGGGACCAAGAACCCCAAGAAAAGAAAACCCUACGCAUUCAAGAGGCUGCUCGGAUUGCAUUCGCUCAUGAUUUUAUCAUGGAACUUCCAAACGGCUACGAUACUGUCAUUGGGGAGAGAGGCGGGUUGCUAUCGGGUGGUCAGAAGCAGCGAGUUGCAAUUGCUCGAAGUAUUGUCUCUGAACCACGAAUUCUUCUACUUGAUGAGGCAACUAGUGCGCUAGAUCCUCACUCCGAGGAGGUUGUUCAAGAAGCUUUGAACAACGUAUCUCAGGGACGCACAACUAUCACCAUUGCUCAUAAAUUAGCCACUAUCAGAGAUUCUGAUAAUAUUGUGGUUAUGGACAAGGGCUGUAUUCUGGAACAGGGCACUCAUGCGUCAUUGUUAGAGAAGGAUGGUGCUUAUGCACGCCUUGUUCAUGCCCAAGAUCUCUCUGUAGAUACGGAAGCCUCCGAUGACGAUACAGAUGAUGAGCAACCAAAGACCGAGGACAAUCGCUUGGAUCUCACUGGUACACUCAGUCGGUACUCUACAUCGACGAGAUUAGCUGUGGAGAAGAAUAGUAACCGAGAUGACUUUGACAACUGGGAAAGAGUCGGGCUUUUGCAUACAAUUUGGCGAAUUGUCACCUCCACCCCCGAACUCGGGUUGACAUACUUUCUUGUGAUUCUUUCAUGUUUAGGAGGAACCGCUGUAUUCCCGGGUCAAACGAUUCUGAUGUCUCGAUUUAUUGAAGUAUUCGAAUUCACUGGAGACAAAAUGCGAGAAAAAGGGAAUUUCUUUGCAUUGAUGUUCCUUGUCCUUGCAAUCGGCACUCUUUUGGCGUACUUCCUGAUGGGUUAUACAUCAAACAUCGUCGCACAGACCCUGGGCCAAAAAUAUAGAACACAAAUGGUCAGCAACAUGCUUAAGCAGGAUCUCCAAUUCUUCGACCGCGCCGAAAACACUACCGGCGCUCUAACCAGCCGAGCGGAGACUCAUCCACAGGCCAUUUUCGAACUGAUGGGAUUCAACGUUUGUUUGAUGCUUAUAUCCUCCGUGUCUGUUGUAUCAUGCAGUAUUCUCGCCUUGGCUUACGCGUGGAAGCUCGGUCUUGUCAUUGUAUUGGGAGGACUUCCUCCCAUGCUAUAUUCCGGGUAUGCUCGUAUCCGAAUGGAGGGUGCGAUGGACCACAAUAUUUCCAAAUCAUUCUCUAAGAGUGCUUCAAUUGCUUCGGAAGCAGUGAACUCCAUCAGAACGGUGUCUUCUUUGGCCAUUGAGAAUUCUGUGCUGGAUCGGUACACUCAAGAGCUUGACACGGCCGUCAAUGCUGCUACAAAGCCCUUGCUUCUUAUAAUGCUUCCGUUUGCAUUUACUCAAAGUGUUGAGUACUCCUUUAUGGCACUCGGAUUUUGGUAUGGAUGUCGACUUGUCUCAACGGGGGACAUCACUAUGGUCAAUUUCUUUAUCGCCUUUUUGGGUGUAUUCUUCUCAGGCCAGCAAGCCUCUAUUCUUUUUGGACUCUCAAGCAGUAUGACAGCAGCAACCAAUGCGGCAAAUUACAUCUUCUGGCUAGAAGACCUUCAACCAACAGUUCGGGAAACAGAAGAUAACAAAGACAUCGGACCUGAAGACUGGAAGAGCCUCGAUCUGGACAACUUGCAUUUCUCAUACCCAUUGAGACACAAUGCCCGCGUACUUCGGGGCGUAAACCUUCAGAUCAAAGAAGGUCAAUUCGUCGCCUUUGUCGGCGCCUCCGGCUGCGGAAAAAGCACAAUGAUAAGCAUGCUGGAACGCUUCUAUGACCCAGUCUCCGGCCAGAUAAACAUCGACUUGACAGCCCUAUCGAACAUGAACCCAUGGCUUUACCGAAGCCAAGUAGCACUUGUGCAGCAAGAGCCAACGCUCUACCCAGGAACAAUCCGUGAAAACAUCUCACUGGGGGCACCGACAAACACCAACCACACCACAGCCUCAGAUGAGGAAAUCGAGGCGGCUUGUCGGGCCGCUAACGCUUGGGACUUCAUCUCUUCCCUGCCCGAUGGCCUAGCUACGCCGUGUGGAGCUAAUGGUACACAGCUGUCAGGUGGUCAGCGUCAACGUAUCGCGAUAUCCAGGGCUCUACUGCGUAACCCGCGGUUACUGCUUUUGGAUGAGGCGACUAGUGCGUUGGAUACGCAGUCUGAGAGGGUUGUACAGGAAGCAUUGAACGAGGCUGCUUCGCACGGCGAUAGGAUCACUAUUGCUGUUGCGCAUCGGCUUUCGACUAUCCGGCAUGCGGAUAUUAUUUGUGUUUUUGAUGGGGGGAAGAUUGCUGAGUCCGGGACUCAUGAGCAUUUGUUGACCAAGGGACGGCUUUAUCCAAAGAUGUGUGAGGCUCAGAAUUUGGGGACUUGA